CUGUCCGGACGCCGCGGAGGCUCCGCCAGCCGAGGGCGUUCGAACGGGGGUCUGCGCGUUUCGCCUUCCCCGCCCGAUGUUGCCACCCGGCUGCUGAUCGCAUCACCCCGCUGAUCCCACGGGGGCGUGAGGCCUCAGAGGUCCCGUAGAGGCUGGAACCCUUCGCAAAGCGGGAGUAAUGGAAGUGAAUUGUUUAACACUAAAAGACCUGAUCAAUCCCAGGCAGCCCAGACUAGAUUUUGCCACUGAAGAUGGGCAAAAUGCACAAAAGGAAAAUAUAUUUGUUGAUCGAUCAAGGAUGGCCCCGAAAACUCCAAUAAAAAAUGAACCAAUUGAUUUAUCGAAGCAAAAAAUCUUCACUCCAGAAAGAAACCCCAUUACUCCAGUUAAGCUUGUGGACAGACAGCAGACAGAACCAUGGACGCCCACAGCGAACCUGAAGAUGCUCAUUAGUGCUGCCAGCCCCGACAUAAGAGAUUGGGAGAAGAAAAAGGGACUGUUCAGGCCCAUUGAGAACAAGGAUGAAGUGUUUACAGACUCUCUGCAGCUUCGUGUUGUGGGGGAUGUUGCUGUGGAGAAAUUUGAGAAACGCAGGCCGAGCAGAAAACAGAAAAGUUUAGGACUCCUGUGCCAGAAGUUUCUAGCUCGCUAUCCGAGUUAUCCCCUGUCAGCUGAGAAAACCACCAUCUCCCUAGAUGAAGUGGCUGUCAGUCUUGGCGUUGAAAGGAGACGCAUCUAUGACAUUGUGAACGUGCUGGAGUCACUGCACCUGGUCAGCCGGCUGGCCAAGAACCAGUAUGGCUGGCACGGACGGCACAGCCUGCCGAGGACCCUGCGGAACCUCCAGAGACUAGGAGAGGAGCAGAAGUAUGAGGAGCAGAUGGCAUCCCUCCAGCAGAGGGAGCUGGACCUGAUGGAUUACAAAUUUGGAGAACGUAAAAAAGAUGGCUGUGCAGAUCCCCAUGAUCAACAGUUGCUGGAUUUCUCGGAGCCCGACUGUCCCUCCUCAUCUGCAAACAGAAAAGACAAGUCUCUGAGAAUCAUGAGCCAGAAGUUUGUCAUGCUGUUCCUCGUCUCUAAAACCAAGAUUGUUACUCUCGAUGUGGCUGCCAAAAUCCUGAUAGAAGGAAGCCAGAAUGUGCUGGACCACAGUAAAUUUAAAACAAAGGUCCGACGUCUCUAUGACAUCGCCAAUGUCCUGACCAGCCUGGCUCUGAUCAAGAAAGUUACAAAUGUCAAUUUUACUAUACUAGAGCAGAAGAGGGUAUUAUCUUCUACCUAUUUCACAGAUGAAGAACUAGUGGAUGUUGCUGCAUCUGUCUUACCAGAACUGAAAAGUGAAACCUACAGCAAAGUUCACGUCUGUGCUGCACAGAAGCUGGCUCGACGUGGCUCCUUCAACAGAGUUCCAGCUUCUGAGAGGAGUCACAGGAAAGUGAACUCUGAACCCAAACCCAGGUAUAAUAAAAAAAAAGGAGCGGGUGGGAGAAGUCGGGAGUUGGUAGAAUGUGGUAACUCAGUGGUUCCUGUUGUUUCUUUUUAUUAUAGGGGCAAAGCCUUGGACGGGGAGAGGGUGACACUUCCAUCCAGCAGCCUGGACCCCACCCCUCCUUUCCCUGUCCAUCCUGUGGACUCAGAAUACUGUGUCAAUCCUUUAGUCCACCAGGUGUUUUCCAUGCCUCAGACGGACUUGCAGGCCUUCUCCACACAGAAUGGUCUGAAUAGACAAGUAGGUGUCUCCCUUGCUUCUGCGGCCUCAGACGUGGAGAGCCUGAAGCCAGGCCUGCUGGCCAGCCAGCCCCUGCUGUACGUGCCCUCCGCCUCUCUGUACAUGCUGUGCGGGAGCCUGCGGGAGGGACCGCUCCCCGAGCCCGGGUCCGAGAGGGACAGCAGAGGCUCAGAGGCCUCAGCCGCAGCGCUGUGGUCCACACCUGCAGCCCAGAAGCGCCUGGGUGAGGAGAGGCAGCUGCUGGAGGAGGAGGAGGAGGAGCCGGCCGCUAAAAGACAAAGCAGGGACUAUGAAGACGGCCCUCUGUCCCUGGUCAUGCCCAAGAAAUCCGCAGAUUCCUCAGAUGUUGCCUUUCCCAAGAUGCGGGGUAACAGGGCGUCUGUGUCCCUUGAAGACAUGCCCUUGAAUAGCCACCUGCCUGCUGCAAGGGGCGUUUGGGGAAAGGCUCCAGCACAUGGCUUCAUUUCUUCCGAGUGGGGAAGUCUUCCAAGGAACACAGAGACUGAAAAGCCUUUGCAAGAAAAUGAAGGCACCACCGAGCCCUCUUUGCUGCAGUGUCUUUACGUGCAGCCACCAGCCGGAUUAAAUGGUCUCAAUGUGCUCCUACCUGGCAGUCAGACCCCUCAUGCUAUGAGACCACCUUCGGGUCAGCUGCCACCCCUCGGUGUCCCUUGCAUGGUCUUACCAUCUUCGACACUAGGCCCAUUUCCUGUUCUCUAUUCUCCCACAAUGGCCGGGCCGGUUUCCCCUGCCCCUGGCACUGUCCCAAACAUGGGACCUGGGAAUUUCCGCUUGCCAGGCCUCGGAUCAACGCCUCAUCUUCUCCUCGGCCCUGCAGCCCUGGUUAACCCAAACUCCUCGACACUCUCUCCGGCAGACCCUCAGCUUCAGGGUCCCCACUCACUUAACCAGAGUCCAGUGAUGUCCAGACUCCACAACGCCACCCAGCCCACAUCCCCAGUGUACGAAGGACACCCAGGCUCUGUGGUGAAAUUACAGCAGUCCCCAACUCCAGGGACCCCCAAGAGCACCCGACACACACAUUGUGAGACAUUCUUCAAGACGCCCGGCAGCCUUGGAGACCGGGUCCUUGGGAGAAGAGAGAGCAAGCAGUCGCAAAACGCCAGCUCGGCGCAGCGGAGACUUGAAAUACCCAGCGGCGGUGCCCACUAGCCGGUGCCCUGCCCGAUGGUGUGCCUCAGACCGCCCGAGCUUCCCUGUCUGUCACAGGUCAGGUCCUGGCGCUGGAGCGAAGCAGAAUGCACGCCAUCGCGCCUUUCACGCUCCGGUCCUCACGUUAACUUCACACCACCCUCUAUUCUCCUGAAAGUCAUUGUUACUAAUUGCGCCUUUAGUACCAGUUAGCGCCCAGACCCUGUGCCUGUUGUGGCAGGGAAAGCGCCCGCUGACUUGUUAUGCUCCAAAAAUUCUCUAUUUGCUCGAAGUAGAUCGGAACAAGCUACUGGAGCCUGUCGUUUCCCUAAGGUGGGGCCUGUCCAGCACUUAGCCAGGGUGAGUGUCCCUGACGUGUCUUUCCACUUGCCCUGAGCAGAUCUGUGGUGAGAGGGCCUUCCUUCCUGCAGAUUAAAAGGCUUCAUCAGGAAGACAGCGUCAGCUGUGAAUCCUACCGUGUUAUUUAUUGUGUUCCCGGAAUGGGACUUAGUGCAGAAAGUUUACAAGUACAGUGGGGCCUUGACUUACGAGUGUCCCGACUAACGAGUUUUUUGAGAU